CGAGUUCGUAGCUACCAUACCACACCGUGUCUCCCCUUUCUGGUCUUCUUCUCAUCCUUUUCGAUCAUCGUUCUAGGGUUAGGGUUUCGUGCCCACUGCUCCGAUUCGAUCAGCGAGAGCGUGGGGCAUACGCGCCUCCGUGUUUGGUUAGGGACGAGUAAGAGAGAGAGAGAGAGAUACGCCAUGGGAGGUGACGGUGCCGGUGAGGAAUCGAAAGGUGCCGAAGAGGUCAACAUCAACGUUCGCUGCUCCAACGGUUCCAAGUUUUCAGUUCAGGUUUCCCUCAAUUCCGCCGUCGGAUCCUUCAAGGAUCUCGUUGCUCGCAACUGCGACAUCCCCGUCGAACAACAGCGCCUCAUUUACAAGGGUCGGAUCUUGAAGGACGAUCAAACCCUUCAGAGCUACGGUUUGGAGGCAGAUCACACUGUCCAUUUGGUACGUGGCUUUGCACCUACCAAUACAACUGGUGGGACCAACAGUGGUGGCACCAAUACCACAACGGAUAAUGCUAGAGGUGCUGGUGCUAAUGAUGGUGGGGGUUUAGGAGGGCUUGGUUUUGGAGCUUCCCUGUUCCCUGGACUAGGUAUCAAUGGCACUGGGGGAAAUGGCUUAUUUGGUGACGGACUUCCGAAUCUUGAACAAAUGCAGCAACCAUUUAUUUCAAAUCCCAAUUUGGUGAGAGAAAUAAUGAACACACCUGCUAUGCAGAAUCUAAUAAAUAAUCCUGAGAUAGUGCGGAAUCUUAUAAUGAGUAACCCACAGAUGCAAGAGCUCAUGGAUCGAAACCCUGAGCUAGCACACAUACUUAAUGACCCCAGCACUCUUCGCCAGACUCUUGAAGCUACAAGGAAUCCCGAGAUCAUGCGUGAAAUGAUGAGAAAUACUGACAGAGCUAUGAGCAACAUUGAAUCUUCUCCUGAGGGAUUCAACAUGCUGAGGCGCAUGUAUGAGAAUGUUCAAGAACCAUUUUUAAAUGCCACUACAAUGGGUGGUAAUGCGGGAAAUAAUGAUACAGCAAUUUCUGGGACUCAGGGUGGCCAAGUCAGGGAUCAAUCAACUAAUCCCUCAACUGCUAAUUCUGAAACAACUGGUGGUUCUCCUGUACCCAAUACUAACCCGCUUCCUAAUCCUUGGUCCUCUACUAGAACUGGACCUGCCCCACCAAAUAAUACUAGAAGAUCAACUGCUGGCGGGGAUGCUAGACAACAAACACCUACUGGCUUAGGAGGGCUUGGUAUGCCGGACCUUGAAGGCAUGUUGGGUGGCAGUGGUAUGCCAGAUGCUGCUUCAUUGGCCCAGUUAAUGCAAAAUCCAGCUAUCUCACAAAUGAUGCAAAGUAUCCUUUCCAACCCACAAACAUUGAAUCAGAUUCUUGGGACUAAUACUGAACAGCGUGGCAUGCCUGAUUUAAAUUCUCUUAGAGAAGUGAUGCGGAAUCCAGAGUUCCUUCGCAUGUUUUCUUCACCUGAGACAAUGCAGCAACUCAUGUCUCUCCAGCAAUCUCUUUUGUCUCAGCUUGGUCAGCAACAACCAACACAGGAAUCAGGUCAAACUGGUGGAGGCACUGGACCAUUGAACAACUUGGGGUUGGAGAUGUUAUCGAGCAUGUUUGGUGGACUUGGAGCUGGUAGUCUAGCUGUUCCAAAUAGAUCAAAUGAGGCCCCGGAGCAAUUGUAUGCCACCCAGCUUUCACAGCUUCAAGAGAUGGGGUUUUUUGACACUCAAGAGAACAUAAGGGCACUUAUUGCUACAUCAGGGAAUGUUCAUGCAGCAGUUGAACGGCUUUUGGGAAACUCUGGUCAGUAACAGAUGGUGUUGGCUGAUCCCUUUCAUGAAGUUCUCCUGUGUCCUCGAAGGUUGGUCACUUUGAAAUCAGUAAUGUUCAAGCCCAUUGCUGGUUUUAAUGAAAUAAGGAAUCUGUCUAAAUUAUAGUGGUUCAGAGCUGUAAUGGUGUACAUUAUAUACAUUGGACUGUAACUCCCCAUCCCAGCGGGUUGAGUUCUGGCUGUCCUAUUUUUUUCAUGUACAUACAUAUCAAAGCUAGUUCUAGACUUGGCGCGAGAGCUUAAAUAUUUUCAAAUGAAUAUAUUUUAUACAAUUAAUUUGUAUUAAUACUCAAUAACUGCACAAUUACUGAUUUGGCAGGUGAGAAGGGGCAUGAGGCUAGCCGUAAGUACCACAUGCUUGAAUGUGGUGUGAACCCUUAAUUGAUCGACUUAAUUUCUA